GAAGAACCGCCAACAGGAAGUCGAACGAGGUCCCGCAGUACUCUGUAAACUACCGAGUUGAUACGUCGCUCUUUACCCUAAUUACAGCUCUCCCCCCCCCGACCAAGAAAUAAGAAGCACGGCUUAUUUCUACCACCUGUGCGUGAAGACUGGCGAGAAGCAGCCAUGUCUUCAGCAGUGGAUCUUAAGACCAAGGAGGAGAAGGAUGCAGAGCUGGACAGACGCAUCGAAGCCCUGAGGAAGAAGAAUGAGGCUCUGGUCAAGAGAUACCAGGAAAUAGAAGAAGACAAGAAGAAGGCGGAGCAGGAAGGCAUCGCCGUGACAACACCUAGAAAGCCCCGCCCCCAUGAGCCAGAGACGGACAGAAGGAAGACGGAGAAGGAGAACUUUACAGUCACAGUGGGCCCGUCUAAGCCAACUGGGGAAAAGAGAGUGGCGAAUGACUGGAAGCCCGGGACGCCCCGCGGCCGGAGAACUUCAGAGGACAGCGACGGUGGUCCGAGAGCUCAGAGCGAGGCCCAUAGCCCGUCCAGGAGGACAGGGUCAGGGCGCCUCAGCCGGGGAGGUCAGAGAGAGAGGGGUGGAGGGGGCCGCCAGGAGAGGAGAGACAGGGAGCCUCGCCCUGAAAGAACUCCCAGAGAUGGUGAGACCGGCGAAGGAGGAGGGCAGGGGCGUAGAGGAGGGAGGAGAGGAAGAGGAGGAGGAGGAGGCGGCAGCGGAGGAGGAGGACCAGGACCACAAGCUGGUAUUGACAGGAAAUCAAAGGAGUGGGAGGAGAAGAGAAGGCAGAACAUUGAGAAAAUGAAUGAGGAGAUGGAGAGAAUAGCCGAGUAUGAGCGAGGACAACGGGCGGAUGGAGACAAGCCUGUCCGUAACUUCCUGGAUGACCCGCGGCGCUCGGGCCCGGCACUGGACAUGGACCGCAAGGAGGGCAGCCGGAGACACGUGAGGAACUGGGGCGGACUGGACUUUGACAACGUGAAGACAGGAACCGAGCUGGAGAAAGAGUGGACUAGCCGGCGGCCCGGUCCUAAGGGUUCCAUGGACAUGACCAUGUCCAUGACAGGCCGGGAACGGGCCGAGUACCUGCGCUGGAAGAAGGAGCGUGAGAAGAUCGACGAGGAGAGACUGGCACGCCAUCGCAAUGCCACAGGCCAGUGGAGACGAGAGUGGGACGCCCAGAAGACCGACAGCAUGUUCAAGGAGGACCCAUCUGUGUCUGCGGAGGGAAUGGCCCCAGAGCCUGGCGGCAGAAGAGAUGACAGUAAACGACCACCGAAGGCCCCGACAUUUGGAGACUUCCUGUCCCAGGGCAGGAGCCAGGGAAGCCGAGGGGAAUGGAGCCGAGGGAAGGGCCAGAGGCCGAGCUACAGCAUGCAUGACAACCGCUGGGAUGGAGAGAAAGAUGAUGAAGAGAAAGAGAAGGAGGACAAGAUGAAGAAAGUAGAGAAGACAAAGAAGGAGGAGGAGGAGGAGAAGCAGCAGCCUAAGGCUUUGCUGCCACAGAAGGUGCAGCAGAAGAACGAAGGAAGGGAGGAGGACGAGGAUGAGUGGGAGGACGCCAGCGACGGAGACGAUGUAGACUCGGACGGAGAGGUUGAGGAAGGGAGCGACGGCCCCGAGGAAGAACAUAAUUCCGUGGUUGAUGAGAAGAAAGACCCGGAGAAAAGCAAGCCGGCCUCCCCCGCUUCCCCUGCUGCUCCUCGUGUCCCCGCCACAUCCAGCCCAUCAGCUGGGAGCCCCAAAGAGCGACGCACUCCCAGACCCAAAGUCCACAUCCCCUCUCCUACAGCUGCCCAGGAGUCGCCGGAGAGAGCCAAGCCACUCAGCCCCUUCUCCCUGCUGGAUGGCCACCAGCCAGUGUCGGACUGGGGCGAGGAGAUGGAGAUGCUGUCACCCAGAAGCAGCAUGGGCGGGGAGAGCCCACAGAAACCCUCCAGCACCGAGGGCGGUACCCCAAAUCAGGGCCAAGGAGAGAACCCGGCUCCCAGCCCCAGAGGACCUGACAGCCCUGAUGCCAAGAAGGACACAGAGACAGACCAACCAGUAGCCUCUCCCUCCCCCUCUGUCCUGGAGGUUGACAACACCUCCUCUGAGCCGACUGCUCCCUGCGCUGACCCGACGGUGAACCCAGCAGAGCCAACAGAUGAGCUGUCCUCAGAUGUUGGAGAGCAGCAGGGAUCAAUGGAGGGGUGAGAGGAGGAGAAAAGAGGACGAGGAAGAUGAAGAUGAAGGAACCACCACGCCAACCAGCGCCUGAGGGAGCGUCGCCCAUUUAAACAAAGCAACACAAAAAGAAAUAAAAAAGCCGAGUGAACGUGUGAAAGAGUCGCAGCAGGAGACGCUGACCUCUGUCUGUCUGCCUGUCUGCCUGUCUGCCUGUCUGCCUGUCUGUCUGUCUGCCUGUCUGUCUGCUUCUCUUCUGUUCUCUGGGUUCUGAGCCUCUGGAGAGCUGGCUUGCUGUGCCUCACCCAGUCUGGUGCCGCUUAUGAAAACCAAACAUGCAUCCAUCUUAACCACAUCAGUUAUGUUUUGCAUUUAUCCACAAACAAGAGUAAUGAUGAUUAUUAUUAUCAUUAUUAUUAUUAUUAUAAGCUAGGGAAACAAGGUGAAGGACUGGCUGGAGAAACAGAAAUG